AUGCUGCGACGCUGCUCGGAAGCGGUUCGUGCGGCAGGCGUGCGGCGCGUGCCGGGCCGCGGCGCCGCACCAGGCACACUCGCGCGUGCCUACUCAAAGAAGCAAGAUACCCCUACGCAGAGCCCAUGGGAGGAGCUCUUUGCGAGCCCCGACGUCGGCGAGACGCCCGACAUUACGCCGGCGGAAGCGCCGCGUCUGCCCCGCUCGGUGCUGCAUGCGCGCGAGCGCCCGAUGCGCCGCAGCGCGCGCCACGAAUACGACACUUCGUCGCUCACCCAUGCCGAGUCGCAGCAGUUUCGGCGCAUUUUUCAGCUACUCGAAGAGGAAAUGGGGCAGGCGCCGGACGAGCGCCCGCCUCCCGACGACGGUCUCGAGGUGUUUGCGACGCGCAACGCACUCGCGCCCCGAAAGGUAACGGCACGCGGCGGCGGCGUCGGCACGCGCUUCGAGGCGGCGCAAGAAGGCGCCGCUGCGGCCGUUGCGCCGGACGUCAUGGAGCGUGGCGUCGACGCGAUCUGGGAGGCGCUCCAGGCGCAGCGCGACGCAGGCGCGGCGUGGCAGUGGGCCGAGGCCGAGGUAUGGGGCACGCGGGGCACGCCGGCGACGUACGGCGUCGCGACGCCGUUCUUUGCGCCCGCGCUGCACAUGCUCGUGCUCACGCUCCGUGACCGGCUGCAUGCGCCACAUGCGGCGCUCGCGGUGGUGCCCAAGACACGCACGCUCGGCACGGCAGCGUACGUGCUUGGGUGCACCUCGUCGCUGUACGCCGAAGUGAUCCGCACGCAGUGGCUGUGCCUCGGCGACAUUUAUGCGGUGCUCGAGACGGUGCGCGAGGCGCGGCAGGCCGGCGUGCUGGCGGAUCCGAGCGGGGCGCCCGACCCCUCGAAGCGCGAGGACGCGCUGCUGCGCGAUCACAUCGACCGCGUGCGCAACGAGGCGCGGCUGCGUGUUUUGCAGCACGCCGAGUCGGACCCCGCGCUGUCGCUGAGCGAGGCGGACCGCGACGUGCUGCGUGUCGUCGACGAGCUGCGGCGCGUCGCCGGGCACACGUCGCGCUACCGCCCCAAGCCCCCCCCCGCCGAGCGCCCCAAGGCGCCCCGCAAAAAGGCCGCGCCCACGCAAAAGUACGCGCCGAAAAUCAUCCCGAUCGAUACCAAAGCGCUGCUGCGCUCGCGCUCCAAGCCAGAAUAG